GGGGUGUGUUUACAGCGAGGGGCGGCCGGACAGCGCCGCGCCAUCGCCAGUGUUGUGGUAGGUCUCACAGAGCGCGUUCGUUGUUUGCGCAAUCCUCAUUCGCAAACGCGAUUCCGCAGCGGCGGAACAUGUCAAAAUUGGUGUGAGAUGGCCUUAUCGCUGCAGUCAAAUCAGAACUCCAGAGGUGUGUCGGUAAGGUCGCUGUCAAGUAUGCGUGAAAAGGCAUUGCCAAUGUUAGCGGAACACAUACUAGCUAGCCGAGCUGCUGCCUUGGUAGCUGGUAUUCCAGCUAAUCUCUACUCGGGAGCACUAUUGGCUGCUUGGCCACCGUCGCCUCCCGCUCCAUUACUGCCACCGCCUGCGCCAGAACUGGAACGUGUGCGCAAACGCCGACGCACUCCCAAACUCGAUGAUAAUUCAUCUAAUGCACCCCCAUCACCUCCGUCGUCUGGAUCUUCCCCUGGUGCUACUGAUCCACCCCGAGAUAAGCUUUUCACUUGUAAAGUUUGCUCUAGAUCGUUUGGUUAUAAACAUGUCCUUCAGAAUCACGAACGCACGCACACUGGCGAAAAACCGUUCGAAUGUGGCGAAUGUCAUAAACGCUUCACACGGGAUCAUCAUUUAAAAACACAUCUUCGUCUUCAUACAGGAGAAAAACCUUACAGCUGCCCACAUUGCCCGCGACAUUUCGUACAAGUUGCAAACCUAAGAAGACAUCUUCGCGUUCACACCGGUGAACGGCCAUACGCGUGCGCUCGCUGCCCCGCAAGAUUUUCAGAUUCAAAUCAGCUCAAAGCUCACGCACUAGUACAUGAAGGAGACGCGCCUUUUGCUUGUCGUUGCGGAGCAAGAUUCAGGCGGCGACAGGCUGCUGCCUUACAUCGAUGCUCAGGUAACGGCUGUGAGCCAGGCACACCGAGUCCCCCAGCUGCUGUUGCACCAGACUGGCGCUGGGAUGAGUGGCCUGAACAGACGGAACCAGAAGACUUGUCGCUCCCGCGAAGACCGGCAACACCGGAUUCGCCAACUGAUUUACGCAUGCACUCUGCGUAG